AUGACAACAAAUAUCGUGCUAGAAACCACAAUGGGUUCGCUCAUUCUUGAGCUGUACACCACGCACGCCCCAAAGACUUGCAACAAUUUCACCACCCUCGUCCGUCGCGGCUACUACGACAACACCAUCUUCCACCGCAUCAUUCCCAACUUUAUGGUUCAGGGCGGCGAUCCCACGGGAACCGGUCGUGGAGGAAGCUCCAUCUUUGGCGAGAAGUUUGAGGACGAGAUCGAGCCGGGCCUGAAGCACACGGGCGCCGGCAUCUUGAGCAUGGCCAACGCGGGCCCAAACACGAACGGGUCGCAGUUCUUUGUCACACUUGCGCCUACACCUUGGCUCGAUGGCAAGCAUACUAUUUUUGGCAGGGUAAAGUCUGGCAUGGGCACCAUCAAGAGGAUGGGUCUGGUCAAGACUGGAUCUGAAGACAGACCAGUUGAGGAAGUCAAGAUUGUCAAAGCGCGUGUUGUGGAAGAGGAAGAGCAAAUCUAG